GUCAUUGAAAGAAUCAAUAAAGAGUACUUUUAAAAACUGCGCCUUAUACCGGUACCUAGCUCAUUUUUUAAGGGGCAUGUACGUCGGAGACAAAGUCCAUGUGGGAUCAAAAGUGGGAUCCCUUAUCCUUUGCCCUUACCCAAAGAACUCCAGCUAGCAAAGAGAGCCCCGGGCGCGCCCCGGAGCUCUCUAGUCUGGGUACGGUACCGCGGCCCGGCCGCGCCGCCCCCAUAGCCAGGUACCGCUCUCGUCAGUCGAUCUACGACGCCGUCUAAGAUUAAGAGCUAAAAGAAAUAAUUUUGAUCUCGACAAGCUACCCUGGCCCUGGUAUCGUUGUUUCGAGAAGCAGCCAAGAAGACAGCGCUAUAUUCUUGUCUGGUGGGUUAUUCGACCGAUGUGAUGGCUGAGAAAAUGAAAAGAAAUGUUACAUUUGCAAAGCAGGAAGAGCAAGGUGAUGGUGGUCCAUCAGAAUCUAAGAGGAUUAAAACCUUCAAAGAGAAGCAUUCGCUUGACAGUGAUGAAGAGGAUAAGGUAGAUGAAGUUGCUGCUUAUCAGAUGCAUGAGGAAGAAGUAGAAGGGGCUGAAGAUGAUGAGGAUGGUAUUGCAGAAUCUGAUGAUGACAUUAAGAUAACCCCCUUCAAUCUAAAGCAAGAAAUGUCUGAAGGUCACUUUGAUAAGGAUGGCAAUUAUCACGAGAAGAAGGGAGAUGAUGUACGUGACGAAUGGCUCGAGAACAUUGACUGGGAGAGGCUUGAGGAGGAGAAUGCCAUGAAACGUCGGGCAGACAAGGGUGAAGAGGCUGAUGAUGAAGAUGAGGGAGAUGCAAAAGUGGUCAGACCAGAGCUUGAAGUGAUGCGGCUAAUGCUUGGAUUCAUGAAGGAAGGAGAAAGUGUUACAAAGGCAAUGCAAAGGUUGGGUGGUGGCAAGAAAAGGAUGGGAUCUGCAGCACAGAGAAAAUUUAAGAAUGAUUCAGACUCAAGCAAUAAAGUUACAGCCGAGAGUAAGGCCGACAUGCUAAAACUGACAGACCUGGUGGAUGAGCUUGUGGCUCGGGGACAGUUUGAUAUGUAUCAAUAUACAUAUGAGAAGAUCCAACACAAACUGAAACAAGAUGAGGAUGCACAAGCUGCCAAGAAAGAUGCAGAGUUUGACAUGUUUGCAGAGGAGGUUGAUGAGAAGAAACUCACAACAAACACAAAGAAAGAAGAUGAAUCGAGUAGUAUGGGAAAGAGCGAACUAGAUCCUGACAAGGUCUAUUGGGAAUACAAAUGGGAAAACCAAGAAGACGCUGAUGUCUAUGGACCUUAUGAAAGUGAACAGAUGGAGAAUUGGACAAACCAGGACUAUUUCAAGGAUGGGGUCUGGGUGCGUAAAGUCGGAUCUGGCCAGAACUUUUACACAUCAAAACGGAUUGAUUUCAGUUUGUAUGUAUGAGCCUUGACUAGUUGUAUCAAUGUAGCCUUUGAAGGACGAUCAUUAAUUGACUUCACUGUGAACCUGCAGCUCCUGGAUCUAAUAUCUCCCAGCUUGGUCAUUGAUUCUUCUUCUAAUUGUGUGUGUAGAUAUACUGUUUAUCCUGAAACACUUGCUAAUAAUGCCUGAUCAUGUGCAUGUAUAUCCUCUGAGCACCACCUCACUUUUAGUCAUGACUGAUGCUGGAUUUGUACAAGUCAGCACACAUAUCACCUAGCAGUCAGUAGGCAGGUUCCCGAAAAGUGACUUCUUUCAUCCAAGCAAUAUGACUGUUUCCUAGGUAAUUGGUUAUACCAGCUUGGCGUUUACCAGCAAAACGCUGUCCUGCCGAGUUCUACGGGAGUUACCAAAAACAGAAACUAAAGAGGUUUUGCAUAUUUAAUGAGCUUGGUGCGCUCGAAAACACCUUUUUCAUUCGAUCAUUGCUGCUCUAAUUAUACAUUAGAUUUCAUGAUUUGGUAUCAUUGUAAAGAAGAAGAAUCAUUCUUCAUGUCAUGUGUUUGAAUUUAUUUAAAGUUUUUGAAAUGUAGGUGAAACCUUUGAUCUAAUAUGCUACAAAAUAAUAACUUUCACAUUACAAAAGCUGCUAUUUUUACACUUUAUUUUUGUUUGAGCCCAAAUGAUUUUUUGAUCAUGAUGAAACUGAAUAUGUAUGAUUAAAAUGGUAUAGGUUUCAAAAUAAGAAUUGGUUUAACCGGGUCAAGAUCACACUUUUCCCUGGCCAAGUACAUAAAGCAGCUUGAAAACAAGAAUACUGCACUCUAAUUAGUCAAAGAGACCACACACUGGUAAAUUCCAAUGGUUCCAGUGACUGGGUUCACAGGAAGGUCACACGGCAGUUUAUAAUCACUCGCGUCGCGUUCUGGUUCGUAAUCACUCGCGUUUUGAAUUUUUGGCGAUUUUUUUUAUUUCGGUGCGAUUUUUUUUAAACGGUGUCUUCAAUGGGACAGACAUGCAGGGAAAUUUGAGUUUCGUUUUAAGCCGGCAAUUAAGUGCCUUAAAAUAAAAUGUACUCGACUACUGUUCUAAGUACCAAGAAUAGAUAACAAGCUUGAUCCGCCCCGGACAGCUGGCAGCAGUCUGUUUCGAGGAGUUUUUUUCAAACAUUUUUAAUUUCUUUUUAUUUCUCUGUAUUUGGUGAGUGGAGCCAACGGAGUUCAGCGGAACAACCAACAUAAUAAUUAAUAGACACAAAGACCGAAGCUUUUGGUCAAUAUCAACGAACGUAGAGGGCAGCAACACACAAGCGUGUUGCUCUAAGGAAGGUCAACUCCGCUCGAAUUUUGUGACCACUCUAAAAAAUAAAAAAAAAACUUAUAUCACACACACACACAAUUAUUUGUAUAAAGGAACAAUUUUGUUGGUCCCUCGGACUUCUUUGUAACCAGAGUGCACUUUACUCCCCCUCCUACUUCUCUUUCUUCUCAGUCUUCUUUUUAUUCCCAUUAUUAUGUCAUCUUAUUCUUCUCCCUGUUCUUCUACUUCUCAAUUUCUUCCCUUUCUCCUUAUUGUUCAUCUCCCUUCUCACUUCUUCCUUUUCUCUUCUCAGUCUUCCCCUUAUUUUAUUUUCUCUUUCUCUUCUUCUACAUCCUCCCCUCAAUUUUCUCUUUUUAGUUUCAUUUUUACCCCCUUAUGUCCUCCAUUUUCUUUUUUCUUCUUCUACUUCUCCUCCUCCUUCCUUCUUGCUUUUCUUCUUCAGCACUUUUUUCCUCCCUAAUUUUUACGUUAGUGUAGAAUAAUUCACAAAGAAAGGGAGAAGCAAAUAAAUAGUGAUAUUAUGAAAUUGUAGCACCUCACUAUGCUUUAUAAAGAAUACCACAGACUUCAGGAAAAUCCUCCAAAGGCAAAGCUAAAUCGAGAGUAGCCUUUCCUCCUUUUUCUUCUUUAUUCCUUUUCUCCUUUUUUCCUUGCUUCUUUCUUUCUGUCUGUCUUUUUUUUUCUUUCUAUUUUCUCCCUCUUUCCCUUCCUUUCUCCCCCCCCUCUCUCUUUUUUUAGGGGGAGCCCCCCCCCCCCCCGCUUCCGCCGCCUAUGGCUCUAAGAUUUAAGAUGUGGAAUGUGAUUAUGUUAAAACAGUAGUCAAAAUUUGCUUGUUAUCUUAAAACAGUGGUCGAGAACGUUUUAUUUAAGGCACUUACCAGCUUAAAAUAAAACGAAACUCGAAUUUCAAUAUUAUUUUAUUUUUCCAGUACGUUUGUCCCAUUGAAGACACCGUUAGAAAAAAAAUCGCACCGAAAAAAAAAAAAUCGCCAAAAAUCAAAAACGCGUGUGAUUACCAACCCGACGCGAGUGAUUACGAACGCAAGUGAAUAUAAUAAGCCGGUCACACUCCCCAUGUGGUAAUCUCAUCAAAUUACCCGCGCUUUUUGUUUUGAAGCCUUAUCCAGCCAAUCAGAACUCUGAAUUUCAUGCUACUCAAAUUUUUUAGAAAUCUCGUCUUGUACCUUGGUGGGAAGUGUGAUCUUAACCUGAUUAUUACUGUAGGUGCCGCAUAUCAAGAGUGACAUUGUGAGAAAGUACAGGAGUUCAGCUUUGUGGUGAUAUAGAUAUCUUUGAGGCUCAAAAUAAGAAGUUUGGCACAAUUUGCAAAAGAAAACGGAGGUAGAAAAUUCAGUUGUGGGGGACAUUUUCAGGCCUGAAAUUCACUUAUUUAUCAAAAUAUUUUAUACAAAAUUAAUGACCAAUAUGAAAGAGAAACAUCUACUCUAUCCAAUUGUGCAAGGAUAUUUAAUUUGACUUGAGAAUAAAGUAGGUUAAUUCUUAGACAAAGAAAAUCUCACGAUUCAUGAGACUUUGCAGGGGGAGGAUUCAGCCACGAGAGGAUUUGGGUGAAUUUGCCCCAUUUGCUCAUUAGCACAGGGACCUGCAGUCUGACUGCUAGGAUGUCCUCUACAUGGCAGUAUGAUAAAAUUUUUGAUAUUGAUAUUUAAUUAAUUGCUAAUUAAUUUGGUGAUCUACAUGUAUGUGUGAAAUUAAAGAUAUACUCUAAUGAAUUUAAUAUGCACCAACAAACUGCUGAUUUUCUACAUUCUAAGAUUCUUUGUACAGUGUAGGAAUCUGAUCAGAUGUGCAUGUAAAAAAAAUUUACAAUUUCUUCAUAUAUAUUUUCCUUGUUUUUUACUUUGUUUUUAUUGGUAAUUCAAUGGAAAUCAUCUGUGAUUUUAUUCUGUUCAUAAACAAUAUGAAAUCAAUUGAGUUUAAUCAGUAAAAGUAGAAAUAAAGAUACAUUAAAUUUUGGCUAAAAACACAAUUUGCAUUGGAUUUGUACAUGAAUUCAGGUUUUGAGCAAUUUAAUGCAGACAUACACUUACACUUGCAUAAUUUCGGAACCCUAUGCCCGGGGAUCACAAAUUUGGUCUCAAAAGUUGCGCGAAACAUGAAAUUAAACAAGUCAUGGAGCUACGCAUUGCCAACUUUUCGUGUUACAGAUAGUGAAAAAUGUUGGGGGCGGAUUCCAUCCCCUCCAGUAUCUUUAGGGUUAAAACGCAGUUUUUGCAUUAACCCUAAAGCUGGCGGAGAGGGUUGAGUCAACCUCCCCCCCUUCAACAUUUUCCGCAACCAUUCCGCUGUGUGAAAAUUUUUUACCAUGCCGCUCGCUGACAGUUUACUUUGAAGUCUUGUGCAUCUUUUGAGACAAAAUUUACGAUGCCUGGGUGCGCGGUUGAAAAAUUACACAACAUUAUUGAAGUGCAUGCAGACCCAAAAUUGCUCCAAAACGUGAUUUUGUGUACAAAGUCAAAAUAAAUUGAGUUUUCUCAUCAUAUUCAAAUAAAGGUAUGAUUAUUUUCACUUUUAUUAGCUGAAAUAAACCGAAAUAGCAUAAUUAUGCUUCAAAAAGGUUCUGCUUUAAGUUUGGCGAAAAAAACAAAGAAAUUCAUAAAACAAUGAAAUACAUAAGAAAUUUAUUUUCAAACCAGGAUAUUUUUCAUUUGUAAUUAAUAGCAAUUGUAUGAGGAAUAUUUACACCAAAGAUUUGCAUUUUAGGAGGGUGUUUUUUAGUGAAUUAGAGCAAAAAUUAUAAUUUACGCUUUAAUUAGCAAAAUUAAUUUAAAAAAAAAAAUUCUGAAAUUUAACUACCCGGUAUACAGCCUUGUAGAUUACAUCUCACACUAUUAUGGCGUUUGCACGCUCUGCGGCCAAGAUCUCAAGGGGGGAGUUGAUUCAAACCCCCCCCCCCCCCUGGUCUGGUAUUAAGGGUUUACUAAAAAAAAAUUGACAUGUCACCUUCAAUCUUGGAUCAUGUUUGCAUAUUAAUGUGAGGCAUUACAAAAUGCCUUGUAAUUGUAAAUGCUCAUAUGAGGUAUGAACUUAAAAUUGAAAGAUGUAUGCUCACUUUACUAAUGAUCUGCUGAGUUUGGUUGAAUAGAGAUCAAAGACCACAGAGGUCAUCCAUCUUGAAAUAUAUCAUUUUCAUAAUUCAAGAAGGGACCAACUUCAAAGUGUUUUAUGAAUGCAAGUGUAUAGGAAGGGUUAGAUAUCAAGAAACAAAAUUUAGCUCAGUUUUUUUCCAGUUGUGCAUCCACAGUAAUUUUACAAUUUUAUGUAACAAUACCAGAGGCUCGUUUCAUAUUAAGUUCCGACUAUGGUAACUCUGCCAAUGCCAUUAUGGCGACUACCAUGGUGGCAAGCUCAGCAGCUAAUCACAAUAACUACUCUAGAGAGUCACCAUAGUGGCAAGUCUUUAUGAAACAAGCUCUAGAUAGUUCUCAGAUAAUGGUACUAAAAUACUACAUGUACCAUAUGAAUUACAUUUUGUGUGAUGUUUUUUUUUUACAUUUUGGUAUGUAUAUAGCUCAGUAAAGGUUGUUUUUUUGAAAAAAAAUAAUUCUCUUUUUCUAACAAGAAGUGGAAGGGCCAAAAAAUGUAUUUGCAUUGGUGAAAAGGGUAUAUACAAUUUAAUUGACAUACAUGCAAGACAUUGAAGUGCACCAUAACAUUAUCUCUUCCUUUUUGUUCCUGAAUUAAUGUAAGAUUCAUUGUAAAUAAAUGUAAAAUUAUUAUUAUCAGGAGUACCAUAAAAGUUCCCUGCAAACCAAAUUCAACUUGAUUUGGAUUGAUAUGUUGUGCUGAAAACUAGUUAGUUGCUGUUUAUAAGUGUUAUUUUUUACAUUUUCAACAUUUUAUUCUUUUUUUUUAAAGAAAUUUUUCAGAUAGCUAACCAACAACCCUGAAAAAAAAAAGCUCAAAAUCUAAUUCUAGUGGUGACAUCAGCAAAUUACAAGUAAUCUAAAUAUGUCACAGUGGUAUGUAGCUUUGCCAAAACUACCUGUAAUGAUACUCGUAGCAUAAACAGUGUACUGUCAGACAUAUUAUAUUGCAUUACCAGCAAAAUAAAGACAAUGAGAAAGCA